UUUUUUUUUUUUUUCAUUUUCUCAUUCUUUCUUUCCUCCCUCUCUCCGGUGCCCGUGUCUCGGAUGGAGCCGCUUCCCCUCUAACUUCCCCGCUCGCCCUCUCCCCCGCCGCCCCUGCCUCCAGGCUGGGCGCGGAUCGCCCCCCCUCGCCCCCCCCGGCGAAAAUGAGCCUUUCGCCGUUUUAAAACGCAAAAACCCCGCGCUUUAUUUCGGGGGGGGGGGGAAAGCUUUUUGCCCCCCCCUUUUUUUUUUGCUUUUUUUUUUUUUUUUGGAAGUUGGACCCUUUUUAUUUCCUCCUCGGCCCCCCCUCCCGCGGGGCCGCCCCCCCCUGCCCGGCCGCCUCCCCCCGGGCCCCGCAGAGCCGCGCCGGAGGAGAGAGAGAGCAAAAACGCCCGGACUGCUCCAGCCUCCGAAAUGACUCAGUAACUUUUACGCCUCGAGUCUCAGCGCUGCGAUUAGGCACUUUCCCAGCGCGGCUCGGGAUGUAUUCGUCUCCUCUCUGCCUGACCCAGGAUGAGUUCCACCCGUUCAUCGAAGCACUGCUCCCCCAUGUCCGGGCCUUCGCCUACACCUGGUUCAACCUGCAGGCCCGCAAGCGCAAGUACUUCAAGAAGCACGAGAAGAGGAUGACGAAGGACGAGGAGAGGGCGGUGAAGGACGAGCUGCUGAGCGAGAAGCCCGAAGUCAAGCAGAAAUGGGCCUCGCGCCUCCUGGCCAAGCUGCGCAAGGACAUCCGGCCCGAGUGCCGCGAGGACUUCGUGCUCUCCAUCACGGGCAAGAAGCCCUCGUGCUGCGUCCUCUCCAACCCCGACCAGAAGGGCAAGAUGCGCCGCAUCGACUGCCUGCGGCAGGCGGACAAGGUGUGGCGGCUCGACCUCGUCAUGGUCAUCCUCUUCAAAGGGAUCCCGCUGGAGAGCACGGACGGCGAGCGCCUGGUCAAGUCGGGCCAGUGCACCAACCCCAUCCUCUGCGUCCAGCCCCACCAUAUCAGCGUCUCCGUCAAGGAGCUCGAUCUCUACCUGGCCUACUUCGUCCGCGAGAGAGAUUCAGAGCAGAGCAGCAGUCCCAGGACGGGCAUCGGCUCGGAUCAGGAGGACAGUAAACCCAUCACGCUGGAUUCGACAGACUUCCAGGAAAGCUUCGUGACCUCGGGGGUGUUCAGCGUCACCGAGCUCAUCCAGGUGUCCCGAACGCCGGUGGUGACGGGCACAGGGCCAAAUUUCUCCUUGGGGGAACUGCAGGGUCACCUGGCCUACGACCUGAACCCCUCAAGCACAGGCAUGAGAAGGACGCUACCGAGUACCUCCUCCAGCGGGAGCAAACGGCACAAGUCUGGCUCCAUGGAGGACGACAUAGACACAAGCCCGGGGGGAGAGUACUACACCUCGUCCAACUCACCCACGAGUAGCAGCCGCAACUGGACAGAAGACAUGGAAGGGGGCAUCUCCCCCACCGUGAAAAAGACGGAGAUGGACAAGUCACCUUUCAACAGCCCGUCGCCCCAGGACUCCUCGCCGCGGCUGACCAGCUUCACGCAGCACCACCGUCCCGUCAUUGCGGUGCACAGCGGUAUCGCUCGAAGCCCGCACCCGUCGUCUACUCUGCAUUUCCCCACCACCUCGAUUCUCCCCCAGACGGCCUCCACCUACUUCCCCCACACGGCCAUACGGUACCCGCCUCAUCUCAACCCACAGGACCCUCUGAAAGAUCUCGUCUCUCUGGCCUGCGACCCGUCCAACCAGCAGCCCGGACCGUUAAAUGGAAGUGGUCAAGUGAAAGUGCCCAGCCACUACCUGCCCACUCAGAUGCUGGCUCCGCCACCUCCCCCCGGCAUGCCCCGGUUGGCCGUCUCUCCUGACACCAAAUCCGCCACGACAACUUCCGAGGGAGGGACGACCUCACCGACGUCACCCACCUACUCUGCACCAGGCACGCCCCCUGCGAACCGUUCCUUCGUGGGAUUAGGACCAAGGGAUCCUGGGAGUAUCUAUCAGGCACAGUCCUGGUACCUGGGAUAACCGCAGCUGUGCCACCCCUUCGCCUCCCUUCUCCUCUGCUUUAGGCACCCUGAGAGGAAACAAACCACGUCCCCGAGCACCAGGCCCAGCCUUUCGGUGAAGACGGAGAGCGCGAACUAACGACGACGACGACAAACAAAACCCACAACGGAAGGAAAGAGAGAGGGAAAGGAAGAAGGAAAAAGGUUCAAAAACUUUUUUAAAAAGGAAAAAACAAACAAACAAACAAAAAAACCCUACAAAGACCUUCCCCCUGCCCCCCACCGAGGUGACGCGUCCAUGUCCGACUUGCCAGAAAAGAAACAAACAAAAAAAAACACUAUUAUUUGCCCCGUCGGGCGACCUGGCGGCGAGAGACCCGACGCAGCUCGUGACAGCGAUCUCCUCCGGAGCAGCAGCAGCAGCAGCAGCGGGGCCGCAGCGCUGGAGACCUGCCGGCCGCUCUCCGGAGGGUUGUAUAUGCAAAAUUAUCUUUACUCUUUCAUUCUUGCCUCUUGUGAGUAGAAAAGAACAAAGCUCCCCCCCCCCCGCGCCCCCCCUGUCCCUCCCAGCGCCGGGCUCUGCGGCAGCGCUCGGGGCCCGGCCGGGCGGCGGAGCGGGGGGGUCGCGUCUCGCUGUCUUGCCAGGCCCCGGCGGCCCCCGCUUCGCUCGCGCUCGGCUCCGUUUUGGGGGGGGGGGGGUUGUGUGGACGAGGGGGGGGGCCGGAGCCCCCCGGCGCCGCGACCCGUCUCUCCGCGAGGCCUUAAGCGCCGGCGCGAGGCCGUGGCGGCCCGGCGGGGGCCGCGGGGGCGGCGGGGCGCCGGCGGCAGAGCUAUGCAUUCCUGUGGACAGGUACCGGGCGGACUCGCGGCGAGGGGGGCGAUUGUGUUGCACAUUUUGUAGGAAAUGCACUUUUCAGAGGGAAUCCUAAAGAAAAAAAAAGAAGAAAAAAAAACCACAAAAAAAAAAAAAAAAGAGGAGGAGGAAGAGGAGGGAGGAGACAGGAGCCCCCCCGGCACUGGCUUGCCGGGAUGGCCAGUUCGGGGGAUUUUUUUUUUUUUUAAUUAAAAAAGAAAUGACGGCGAGGAGACGGGAAGGCAGAGGGCGAGCGGAGCCGCUCGGGCGGCCGCAGCGCGCCGGCAGCAACGCGGGGCGGCCGCGGGGCUGGCCCCCCCGGCCCCCCCCCCCCCCCCCCGCCGCCGCGACCCCCGGGCCGGGGCCGGCAGCGCUGCCCACCGCUUCAAGUGCCUCAGUUUUGUGGUGGCGCGGCGGCGGCGCGGCCGGGCGGCGGGGGGGACCCGGCGGCAGCGAGGAGCUGGCGGGCGGCCCGCAAGCGAUGCCAGGAGGACGCCGGCGUGCCGGGAAGGAGACCCCCAUGUCCCCCCCCCCCCAGCACGCUGGGGACAUCCCGCCAUCCCACGCCGCCGGCGCUGCCUCAGAGCCGAGGCACCGGGACGCCCCGGAGAGGAAGAGGAGGAGGAGGAUGUCGCGACGGGGCGAAGGCCUCCGCCAUCUCGAGCAAGAGGGGCUGCUCCCGCGGGGGCCGGGACGCCCGGGAUGAUGCCGGCGCCGGACGGGGACGCCGCGGGAGGAAGGCCGCCACCAAGAAAGAGGCCUGGAGGCCGCGGCACGAGGCAGGGCCGCGCCGGGGGGGAGCCCGGCCCCCAGCAGGCCUCACGCCGGAGACCCGCGCCGCCAUCACCCCCAGCACCCGCUGCCGCCACCGGCCCCCCUCAUCCCGGCACGCUCGCCGGGGGGGCUCCGCCGCUGCAGACCCCCAGCGCGGGGACGGCAAAGCCGAGAUCCGGGCCGGAUCCUGCCCGGCGCUGGGGCCCGCUCGCUGCCCGCCGGGCACCGAACAGGGAGGCGAGAGAAGGGCGCCGGGGAGAAAGGGCUGACGCAGGAAACCCAAAAAGAAGCAAGACCCCCCCCCCCAUACACCCCCACACAGAGCGCUUGGCGGAGAGGGAAACUUUUUUUUUAGAAAAUAUGAAAAAAAAAGACAAAAAAAAAAAAAAGACAAAUAAACUGCAUGGUGCUUUAACAGGAUCUCGUGACCUGGCUCGACCCAUCAGUGGAUGGCUGAUGCUGUGCAUGGCAGACUGUAUUAACCGGCUCUACCUUCCCCCCCCCCCGUCAGAAAAGAGAGAAAAAAAACACAGAAAAAAAAGACAAAAAAAUUCUGUACAAAAGGAAAAAAAAAAGUAAAAAAAAAAAAAAACGGGAAAAAAAAUCCAUGUUUUCCUAAUUUGCACGAAAAUUUUCUACCACAUGAUGUGCCUUGCCUUCGAAGACUGAAGUAUUCCCGGGAACGAUAGCACUGCGCCGGAGUCGCUGCAUGCGCCGGGCGCCGGCCCGGGGGCGCGGGCGCGGCGGCCCCCCCGCCGCCGUGUGCAUGUUUGGUUCUUGCGUUGGGCCGCGGGGGGCCGCGAAGUCCCGUUUUCUCUCCGUUUUUUACCGGUUUCCCCCUCGUAAAACGUCUUCCAGUUGUCCGAUACCAAGUGCGUCCUGUACGAAACCACACGAGAAUAUGCAAUACCUGUUUUGUCUACGUUGUUAGGGGUUUUCGCGCCGGGGGCCCGCUCGGCGGGCGGUUUGCGGCUGUUUUUUGGGGGGGGCAGGCCGUUCCAUUGCUUUUCCGCUUCUUUUCUCCUCCCGUUUCGCUCGGGGGGAGAGCUCGGGCCCGCCGAGGGGGGGGCUGGCUCCGUCCGGGCGGUCCCCCCCCUCCAUCGCCUCCCUCCAUCGCCUCCCUCCAUCGCUUCCCUCCAUCCCCAUCGGCUCCAUCGGCGUCGCCCUCCGCCGGGACUUUGCAUAUUCCCCGCUGCCUGCGGUGCCUGGGGGGGGCCGAGCCGCAGCGCUCAAAAUCGUGACUUUUGCCUUAAAAAUCGAGCUUCCCGCCACCUCCCCAGGCUGGUGAGGCGAACGCCCGGCUCUCCUUCGAAGGCGAAAAAAAAAAAAGCAAAAAGCCCCCGCGUGGUUUAAACGCGCUCCCGGCCCCCCCCCGAGCCGGCGAGUCGAGCAGCAGGUUUGGGAAGGCUGCGUGCAGCCCCCCCCCAGGGCAAGACCCCCCCGCCACCCCCCCUACGGCCCCGGCAGCAAAAUCACUGCUUUUUUAAUGAAGAAACGUUGUCGUUCACUUUUUUUCCGGUGUCGAAAGUAUUAGCUGGUGGCUCGGGGCAGGAGGGCGGCCGCGGGGGGGGCGAUGCUCGCGGCGCCCCUCGGGGCUCGUCGCCGUUCGGUCCCUCGCCCGCCGCGUUUCUCCGAUGGUGAUUGUUGCAGUUUCCGCGCCGUGGGAAGGGUUUGAAGCAAGGAGUGCAUGGGGGUUUUUUUUUUGGGGGGGGGGUGAAUCGGAAAGUCCUUGGGAGAAUCCUCUUUAUGCAACGUGCAGUAUUGUUUUCUGCAAGGACAAUGCAACACAAGUAGCGUUAGUUUCGUGUUCGAAAAAAGAAAAAAAAAGGAAAAAAGAGAAAAUUGCAAAAAAAAAAAAGGGUUUUAAGGAUAGAAAAGAUUCAGUUUAAAGCAAAAAAAAAAAAUUUUUAUCACACACGACCGGAGUGACAAACGCAGGAGCGAGCGGGCCGCGUGCCCGCGGCGGGGCCUCGGGGGCCGCGGGCCCCCCCCGGCUGGGCAGUAGCAUCCUUCACGGCAUCCCCAAUCCAGUCCCUUAGUGCAAGAGAUACCGACACAGCAGCUCGGGCUGUGUUCGAGCAUGGAAAUUUGGGGGGGAGGCGAGGGGCGCUGGCGCCCCUCGGGCCUGGGCCACGCGAGACGAGAAAGUCCCCUCGCCCGGCCGGGGAGGGGGGCAAACCCCCCCGGACCGGCCCCCCUGGGGACCCCCUUUUGCUGCCUUUCGAUCUUGGCCGAGGCCGGUGCCGCGCUGGGGAGACCCGGCCGGGGCCCCCCCGAGCCCUGGCGCUUCUGGCCGGCUCUGCAAAGGAGCCACACACAAAAAAACCCGCCCUCGGAAAGAAAAGCACCUUAACGACAAAAAAAAAAAGCAAAAAUCAUGAGCUCACCCCCCCCCAGUCCCCAGGACCCCCCAAGCCGGCAGGCUGCGGCCGGCGCUGGCAGCGCGGGGGGCUCGGCCCGGGGGGGCUUUCUCGUCGGCGUGGCCGCGGGGGUCCCGGGGGCCGGGGAGCGCUCGCCGCCCCCGCCGCCCCCCCGCGAUAUUUGCACUGCUCCACUCUCACACUUGGCUUUCCCGCUCUCGUUACCCCCAGCCCCGGCGGGGCCGCGGGCCGCAUCCUGCGCCGGGCAUCGCCCCCCCGGCACCCGCGGGGAAUAUGCAAAGCCCACCCACCGCCAUCUCCAUCGCCGUUUGCACCCGGGGCCCGGCGGGGUCCGGCGGCGCGGGGAGGGGGGGCACCGAGGUUUGGGGGGGGUCACUUUGAUUUUGCAAGGCGUUCGCCGUGAUUUCGUCACGAAGCCCCGCGCCUCGGCCCGGGGUGGGGGGCCGCAAUCAGCCCCCCCCCCCCCGCCACCCCCGCCGCCGCCGCGACAAUCAGGCCGGGCCGCCGCCACGCGGGGGGGGGCCGGGGGGGCCGCGACAAUCCCGCGGGGCCCCGGCCCGCCGCCGGCCCAGCGCUCGCUUCGGUGUUUCAUGCACUACAGUUUCUCUAGAGGGUUUUUAAUUGUUUUCGUUGUUGUUGUUGUCGACUUCUUGAGAAGAAAAGCGUAGAAAAAAAAAAAAGAGUCCUUGCGACCUAUAAAUAAAUAAAAAAAAAAACAACUGUACAUAUAUAUAUAUAUAUAUCCACAUAUAUAUAUAUGCGGCGCCGCAGGGGCCGGGGGCCGCGGGGGCGCGGCGGCGGCUGCCCGGGCGGAGCGGACGGUGCUGCGCCCAGUCCCCUGCGGGCCCCCCAGUUAAGGUACUUUAACUCGCAAAGUAAGGAAUAUAUAUAUAUAUAUAUAUAUAUAUGUAUGUCAUUUUUUUUGUACUAUGAGUUUGAAAUUGCUGCUUUCUGUUUCUCUGACUCACAUAUCGAGGCGGGGGUGUUGCGGGGGGCGGCGGGGCGGUGUGGAGGGUCCAGCCGGGCUCGUCCGCCGCUUCUGCCCCGGCCUUGCCCCCCCCCCCCGCUGCCCCCGCGUUGCUGCGGGGCGCCCAGCUCGGCGGGUGCGGGGGGGCCGCUUGGCCCCGGCGCCGCCGGAGGCGACUGUUUUACACACGCAGAAGGAAGCGAAGUUUGGGGAGGAAAAAAAGGAAAAAAGAGGAAAAAAAGAAAAGGAAAGGAAAGGAAAGAGGAAAAGAAAGGAAAGGAAAGGACAGGAAAGGAAAGGACAGGAAAGGAAAGGAAAAGAAAAGAAAGGAAAAGAAAGGAAAAGAAAAAAGAAAAGAAAAGAAAAAAGAAAAGAAAAGAAAAGAAAAGAAAAGAAAAGAAAAGAAAAGAGAAAAAAGUGAAAAAAAGCAGAAAUCCAACAAAAAAGAGGCGACGGAGCAGCCGGCAGGAAUACGACUACAUCAAUACCAAAAAUCCCCGACGCAGUGCCUCUCACUCACUGCCGGGUGGCCGUCGCCUGCUUUUUUGGGGGGCUCGGAGUCGCUCCGGGACGAGGCCCCGGCUCGGCGCGGCGGGACGGGGGCAACGGCCCCCCCGGCCGCCCGCAGCGCCUUUUCUUUUCUUUUCUUCCAAUUUUUUUUUUUUUUUUUGCUUUUUUCCUUUUUUUCCCCCCCGUUCUUCCUUCCCCCCCACCUUCCGCGGAGAAGAUUUGGGUUGUUUUCCUUUCUCUCAGUUAUAUUUUACCGACAUUACGGCAAUAGUUACUCUGUUUCUCGCUUCUCGCUUCGCUGUACACAUUACACACACCUACCAACACACCAGGGCAGGCCGAGCCCGGGGCUGCCUCCGCAGACAGUGCCUUUCUCGGCAAAACUGAUCAAACUCGAGCCCCCUCCGGUUGCGAAUCCCCCCCCCCAGAUCCGCCCCGGGUCCCCCCCUGCAUGCCAGCCCCCCCGCCCCGUCCCCUGCCCCCCGAGCCCCCUUCGCUCGUCUCCCUGGUGCUUCACGAUAUUUGAUUAUAACAUUGUAUGCAGCCAUUACUGAUUAGCAGUCGCUCCUACCUACAUACAAUUUACUGAAAGUGACUAUGGUUUUUUUUUUUGUCCCCCCCCUAUGCAAAAAACAGAAAAAGAGGAAAAAAAAACGGACAAAAAAAAGACAAAAAAGACAAAAAAAGAAAAGAAAAAAAUGAGAAAAAAAUGUAUAAAAAUUAAACAAGCUAUGCUUCAACUCCA